AUGGCCGGAAACCUCAUCCACCUCCCACUUGGCCCGUUGGACCAUUUUGCCCCGAGGACAUAUCCCGGAGGUGUGCUGUACCUCAAGCUCAAGAACGGCGUCACAGCCCAGGAGGCGUUCAAGGACCUGCAAGAGGGCCUGCGCCGUACUAUUCAACAACUGCCAUGGCUCGGGGGUAAGGUUCACUGGCAGAGCAAUGAUUCCCCCGGCUGGCGUCCCGGCCAGCUCGAGAUCCGUCAUCUACCCGUUGCCGCUGCCGAGGCGGUCGACGCCGCACCCUACCAGCUCAGAUACAACGAGUUGGACACUGCCCCAGCGUAUGCUGACAUGAAGGCCCGCGGCUUCCCCAUCGACUCGGUCAGAGACGAGGAGUUGCUGUGGGCCCCGUUCCGUGCCGACAUUGAUGCCGGAGCGGAGGUCUUUGUCGCCCAGGCCAACUUCAUCCCUGGCGCGUGCUUACUCGCGUCGUCCAUCAUCCACGUUGCUUCCGAUGCCACGGCCAUGUUCACCGUGCUCGGCGUGUGGUCGCAGCAUUGCAGCUACCUGCACUCUUCUGAUGAGCGGCCGAAGGCUGCGCUCUCGGACAUGCCGGUGCAGGUGACCUCGGAAAGCUCUGACCGGACGCUGUUGGGCAAGAUCUGGCAGAAGGAGCGCAGCGGUCGCUCUAUUGAGCAGAUCGAUGCAGGGGUGUGGCAGCUGGUCGGGCUCGAGUCGCCAAAGGCAGAAGUAGCCUCAGAACAGCAUGGUGAAGGGGUGGCCCGGGACAAGACUGGUCCUCAGUCGCUUCCCCCAGCAAUGUUCCCGGCCACCAACGAGCCAGAGAAGACCAUGACAUCCAAAGUCUUCUACAUAUCGCCUCGCUCUUUCGCCGCCAUGAAGAAGGCAGCCAACGAGGAGCUCGGCGGCACCGAGGUAUCUGGAAACGAUCUCAUCCUCGCUCUCAUGUGGCGAGGGCUGAUGAAAGCCCGGUCGGCCGCGCUGCAAGCAUCGUCAGAAGAUCAGAACCGAGGCGUAGAGAUCCAAAUCCCUGUCGACGGCCGCCCCGACUUCUCCCAGAACGGCGCGCUGCCAGUAACGUACCUCGGCAACCUCAACUUCCACUACCGCCCCAGCAUGGUCCUCGGGGACCUGCUCGCCCCGUCGACGAGCCUGCCGGCAGUGGCCAAGAGGGUGCGCAGCUGCGGUCUGCACGUGCACCACGACAACAUGCUCGAUGCGUACACCUUGCUCGACAACCUGCCUGACUUCCGGGCCACGCAGCCCCUGCGCUUCCUCGACUUUGACGGCACCCUGCUCAUCUCGUCGAUGCUCAUGGUUUCUGACGACCUGUGCUUUGGUGCCAGGGGCCCCUUUGCCAACGCCGGACGGCCUGAGGGGUACCGCCCCAUGAUGAGCACCAGGAAUCUGCUGAAGUUCCGCCUCUGCUACGUCUUCCCGCGCAAGCCGCAUGGUGGAAUCGAGUUCAUGGUCAGUCUGAUGAAGGACGAGUUGGAAUUUCUGCUCAAGGACGAGGAGUUUGGACGCUAUGCUUUGCUGCUUGCUUAG